AUCAUUUCUUUUACAAUUCCAUUAAAUAUCUCAAUGAAGUUUCUCUGGGCAUUUGUCGGCUUAAUCGCCGUGGCUUCAUCGGCCGCCGUGCGACAGCCACUGAACGCAGAACAGUUGGACCAGCUACAGCACGUGAUGAUCGCCAUUCAGAGUCCCUGCAUUAAACCGGAUACCGCUGCCUCGCUGGGGCAGCUAGCUCAAGACGUUUUCGGCAUGGGAUCUUUCCCCGUCUCCGUUGGACCUGCCAUUGUCAAUCCACCUGAAAGUAUUUCCGUUGGUCCAGCCAUUGUAGAACCCGCUCCCAUCAUCCCUACGCCCGUGAUCGUUGAAGACUCUGCUCCUAUCGUUCCCAUCGUACCGACUCCUGUGAUUGUUGAUGAGUCUGGCCCUAUUUCUCCUAUUGCGCCUACACCUGUGCUCGUGGCUGAAGAGCCUGAUUUUAGUCCAUCUAGCAGCGCUCCGCUUGUCCAAAUCAUUCUUAAUAUAAAUCAGGCUUCGGAAGCGGUAGUGCCUCCUUCUCUACUGUGAUUGUGGUAGAUGAACCCGAAAUUGUUCCUAAACCCAUAAUAAUCGCACCGAUUCCUGAAGUAGCACUUGUACCUGAGCCAAUUGUGAUCGCUCCCGCUCCGGAGCCUAUUAUCAUUGCGCCCCUCCCUGAAGUGGUUGUUCCUGAACCGAUCGUCACUGCUCCCGCUCCCGAAACAGUAGUCAUUGCCCCCACCCAGAGGUUGUUGUUCAAGAGGCAAUCGUCAUUGAGAACCCACUCUUUCCUAUUCCCGUUGUACCUACC